GGUUAACCCUCCCCUCCCCCGUCCACCUGCUCUCCCCUUCCCCCGCGUGCCCCGGGCUGACCCUCGUCCCCCCCUCUCCCCGCCCGCGGCGGCGGCUGCUGUUGUCACCCACGGGGCAGCCUGUCCCGCUUGCCCUCACCGCCGCGGGGCUUGCAGGGCCGGCCGGGCCGGGGACAGGCGGCCACCUUCUCACCGCUGCUAUCACCACCGCCAUGCUGGCCGCUCGCCCACCCCACUGGGGGCCCCAGCGCGCCCCAGCCCCCCGUGGGCCCCGCGCCAGCCCUGACCCGGGUCUCAGCGGCGGUGGCAGCCGAGGUGCAGGAUGCGAGAAGGCGCCCCCCGGCCGGGCUCCCGCUCCAGGCCUCGCACCCCUGUGGCCCUCUGAGCCCACCAUGGCCGUCCCACCAGGCCAUGGUCCCUUCUCUGGCUUCCCGGGGCCCCAGGAGCACACACAGGUAUUGCCUGAUGUGCGGCUACUGCCUCGGAGGCUGCCCCUGGCCUUCCGGGACGCAACCUCAGCCCCGCUGCGCAAGCUCUCUGUGGACCUCAUCAAGACCUACAAGCACAUUAAUGAGGUGUACUAUGCCAAGAAGAAGCGGCGGGCCCAGCAGGCGCCACCCCAGGACUCGAGCACCAAGAAGGAGAAGAAGGUCUUGAACCAUGGUUAUGACGACGACAACCAUGACUAUAUUGUGCGCAGUGGCGAGCGCUGGCUGGAACGCUAUGAGAUUGACUCUCUCAUUGGCAAAGGCUCCUUUGGCCAGGUGGUGAAAGCUUAUGAUCAUCAGACUCAGGAGCUGGUGGCCAUCAAGAUCAUCAAGAACAAAAAGGCCUUCCUGAACCAGGCCCAGAUUGAGCUUCGACUGUUGGAGCUGAUGAACCAGCAUGACACAGAGAUGAAGUACUACAUAGUCCACCUGAAGCGGCACUUCAUGUUCCGCAACCACCUGUGCCUGGUGUUCGAGCUGCUGUCCUACAACCUGUACGACCUCCUGCGCAACACACACUUCCGAGGCGUCUCACUGAAUCUGACCCGGAAACUAGCGCAGCAGCUCUGCACGGCGCUGCUCUUCCUGGCUACGCCGGAGCUUAGCAUCAUUCACUGCGACCUCAAGCCAGAGAACAUCCUACUCUGCAACCCCAAGCGCAGUGCUAUCAAGAUUGUGGAUUUCGGCAGCUCCUGCCAGCUUGGCCAGCGGAUCUACCAGUAUAUCCAGAGCCGCUUCUAUCGCUCACCAGAGGUACUCCUGGGCACGCCCUACGACCUGGCCAUUGACAUGUGGUCCCUGGGCUGCAUCCUUGUGGAGAUGCACACGGGAGAACCCCUCUUCAGCGGCUCCAAUGAGGUGGACCAGAUGAGCCGCAUUGUGGAGGUGCUGGGCAUCCCACCGGCCCCCAUGCUGGAGCAGGCGCCCAAGGCUCGCAAAUACUUUGAGCGGCUGCCUGGGGGUGGCUGGACUCUGCGAAGGACAAAGGAACUCAGGAAGGAUUACCAGGGCCCCGGGACGCGGCGGCUGCAGGAGGUGCUGGGCGUGCAGACGGGCGGGCCCGGGGGCCGGCGGGCGGGGGAGCCGGGCCACAGCCCCGCCGACUACCUCCGCUUCCAGGACCUGGUGCUGCGCAUGCUGGAGUAUGAGCCCGCCGCCCGCAUCAGCCCGUUGGGGGCUCUGCAGCAUGGUUUCUUCCGCCGUACGGCCGACGAGGCCACCAACACGGGCCCGGCAGGCAGCAGUGCCUCCACCUCGCCCGCACCUCUCGACACGUGCCCCUCCUCUAGCACCGCCAGCUCCAUCUCCAGCUCUGGAGGCUCCAGUGGCUCCUCCAGUGACAACCGGACCUAUCGCUACAGCAACAGAUACUGUGGGGGCCCUGGGCCCCCCAUCACUGACUGUGAGAUGAACAGCCCCCAGGUCCCACCCUCCCAGCCGCUGCGCCCUUGGGCGGGGGGUGAUGUGCCCCACAAGACACAUCAAGCCCCUACCUCUGCCUCGUCACUGCCGGGGACAGGGGCCCAGUUACCCCCUCAACCCCGAUGCCUUGGCCGUCCCCCAUCACCAACUUCGCCACCACCCCCGGAGCUGAUGGAUGUGAGCCUGGUGGGCGGCCCUCCAGACUGCUCCCCACCUCACCCAGCGCCUGCCCCCCAGCACCCGGCUGCCUCAGCCCUCCGGACUCGGAUGACAGGAGGUCGUCCACCUCUCCCACCCCCUGAUGACCCUGCCACUCUGGGGCCUCGCCUAGGCCUUCGUGGUGUACCCCAGAGUACAGCAGCCAGCUCAUGACCCUGCCCUCUCCCUGGGGCCCCUCCUGAAGCCAUACCCUCCCCCCAUCUGGGGGCCCUGGGCUCCCAUCCUCAUCUCUCCCCUUGACUGGAAUUGCUGCUACCCAGCUGGGGUGGGUGAGGCCUGCACUGAUUGGGGCCUGGGGCAGGGGGUCAAGGAGAGGGGGUUGGCCACACUCUCCCCACUGAGGACUGGACCCUUGACCCCCUAUCCCCCCUUGUUUUCUAUUUAUUGUACCAAAGACAGUGGUGGUCCGGUGGAGGGGAGACCCCCCCCUCAUCCCAGGGCCCUAGGAGGGGGUGGGGGCAGGUAGGGGGAGAUGGCCUUGCUCCUCCUUGCUGUACCCCCCAGUAAAGAGCUUUCUCACA